UUAUGAAGGUUAAGGUCAUUUAACUAGCUCAAUAACUAAAAUGUUUUGAUUCUUCAGAGAAUAUAAGCAUGUUUUACGCUCGACAGUUGUCCCGACAAUUGUCUCGGGAUACAGAACGAAGGAAGUCUACAGACAGUUUUUCAAGGGGUUCUGUUAUUGAUGGAUUACCCCUUGGAAAAGUAGGGGACAACAGAGUGUCUACUGGUGAUGCUGAAGGUGGUGCUGAAAAAGAUCUGAAAAAGGAGCUUGACAAUCAGUAUACAACAUUGAAAAGGCACAUUUUGCAGUUCCAAAGUGUCACUCUUGGACUAUUUCCAAGAAUUGGGUAUGCCAAUGAACAGCCAGUUGAGGCUCAUGUCAGGGAUAGCAUAUACUGUGCAACAGCUGCUUGGGCCCUUUCACAGGCAUACAGACGUAUUGACAAUGACCAAGGGAGAACGCAUGAAUUAGCUCAAGUUGCAGUCAAAACAAUGAGAGGUAUCUUGUAUUGCUGGAUAAGACAGGCUGAUAAGGUUGAGAAAUUCAAGGAGAAUCAGAGUGCUAGUCAUGCCUUACACAGUGUGUUUGAUCCCCAUACAGGUGACCCACUCUACAAGGACGAUGAGUUUGAACAUUUACAGAUAGAUGUUGUUGGCCUGUACUUGAUUAUGUUGGUACAAAUGAUCACAUCAGGUCUUCAGAUAAUAUACACCACAGAUGAGGUGAACUUUGUACAGAAUCUUGUAUUUUAUGUUGAGAGGGCGUACAGAACUCCUGACUAUGGUAUGUGGGAGAGGGGAAGCAAGUACAAUAACGGAAGCACUGAGGUCCAUGCUAGCUCCAUAGGUAUUGCCAAAGCUGCGUUAGAAGCAAUAAAUGGAGUGAAUUUGUUCGGUGACCAGGGAGCGUCAUGGUCUGUGAUUUUUGUUGAUAUUGAUGCUCAUAACAGGAACCGAACUAUUUUUGAGUCAAUUUUACCAAGAGAGUCCAAUUCUAAGAAUACAGAUGCAUCGUUAUUGGCAACUGUUGGUUGGCCGGCAUUUGGUAUUCAUGAAGAACCAAUCAGGUCAAGGACAAUAGACAAGGUGAAGCGUAAGCUGAGGGGUCCUCGAGGGUUUAAGAGGUUUAUCCGGGACGGGUACAAGACAGUGGUAGAGGAUAACAAAAGGAAGUACUACAAACCUGCAGAAAUAAAAAAUUUUGAUGGGAUAGAAUGUGAAUGGCCUAUGUUCUAUGUGUACAUGCUGAUAGACUGUAUAUUCCUUGGUGACAAAGAAGGCAUCGCGACAUACUCUAAACUACUUGAUAAUGUGAUGACAAGGUCAAAUGAAGAUGGAAUUCCUGGAUUGUUGCUGCCACAGUACUUCUUCAUCCCAGCUGACCAGAUAGACAGAGAGAGGUCACGUCCAGGCUCAGCUGACAGAAUACCUAGUGAUGUAGGAUCCACAAAAGGAAUAUUUCUCUGGGGGCAAUCUGUAUAUUUCAUAUCUCAACUACUAGUGAAAGACUUACUAAAUGUAAAUGACCUUGACCCCAUUAGACGACAUCUUCCAGCAUCAGAGAGGCCAAAGGUUAACAGCAGAUACUCUUCAUUUCAGCGUGCUCACUUUGGGAAAGAAUCUGAGAUUACUCCGCCUGACCUUGUACUACAAGUGGUGCUGAUAGCAGAAAGUUCCCGUCUUCAGCAGUUACUGGCUACAUAUGGAAUACAGACACAGACCCCACACCAGGUCGAGCCAAUCCAGAUAUGGUCACCAAAAGAAUUAUCAAGAGCGUAUGAAUAUUUGGGCAUUAACAAGAAGCUUGGUCUUACAGGUCGUCCUAAAAGACCGUUUGGUGUGCUGAGCACUUCUAAGAUAUACAGAGUAUGUGGAGCGACAGUUCUAUGUUACCCUCUACUGUUCGAGGUGGUAGACUUCUACAUGGCUCAAGAUAUCAGCAUUGUGAUAGAUGACCUUAAAAAUGAUCUUGCAUUUUUAUCGAAGUGUUGGAAGCUUGCUGGACGUCCCACAUUUUGUAUGCUGAUACGGGAGAACAAUAUCCGAGGGAAGAAUUUCAGUGAAUUUCUGGAACUGCUUGCACAGUUUAAGAGUGGUGAUGUAGAUGGUAUCAGGGUCAGAGUGGGGAGACUGCAGACACUAAUAUCCUCAGCAUGUAUAGAGCAUUUAGACUUCCUGACCACCCUACCAGACCAGUCCAUUUUCCAGCCGUUCCAGGAGUCAAACCACGGUCGCUUCAGCUUUAAGAGCCUCACAGAUAUACCCACAGUGCUCGAGCUGGCUGAUGAUACUGUACUCAAUGAACAGGAACUGAAAGUGAAGGCAACGUGGGAUCUGAUACAGAUGUUUAAAGGUGCUGAAUCUCUCACUGCUCAGAAUCAGAUUCUGAAGCUGUUACUGUACAGGGAAGGUCCCAACUACCAUUUUGAGGGUGUACCACUCAGUCGUAGGCUGGAACAACUUGUCGCAAAGGCGGGCCUACAUAAGAGGUGGGAAGUUGUGAGAUGUUGCUCCUCCCUGCUGGGCAAGCUUGUUGAUAGCUUGGCACCAUCUAUAACCAGUAUUCUAGUCAGAGGAAAACAUCUAACAGUUGGUGUGUUUGGCCAUGAGGAGGAGGUUCUGGACAAGCCAGUCAGUCCUAACGAAAUAAAGAACAUUUUAUACAGUAAAUGCAUGGCUCAUGAUACGUGCCAGGCAGUACUUCAACAAGAACUGAUUCUUGCUAUCGGUAAACACAUCGCAACGUCACCGGAUGCCUAUGAUGGAAUUCUGAAGAUAAGAAUUGGUUGGUUUGUACGUGCCAUGGAGAUGGAACUCGAGCAGGAGGAUGAGCACGUGAAAAUUGAGUCUCUGUCACCAUACCAGGUCAAACAGCUACUGCUCAGUAUUCUCGUGCACAGAUCUGACGAGUAUGAUCUGAGAACACCUUUACAACGACGACAACUUGACGGGGCUCUCAGUAGGGUGCCCAAAGAUUUCUAUGAAAGAGUAUGGGAGAUCCUGGAACGUACACCUGGGGGCAUUAAAGUGGCAGGCUACCUGUUACCACAGCAACCAACAUUGUCUGACAUGACUAUGCAAGAGUUGAAUUUCUCAUUACUUGUUGAACAAAUGCUGAGUAAAAUCGUGGAUCCAGCGUACCGGCAGUUGAUGGUGGAGGCAUUUAUGGUCGUAUCAACGAUACUGAGGAGAAACCCAGAACUUGUUUUCCAUCAGUCCGUCAACAUGGACAGGGCAAUUCAAGACGCAUUUGAAGAGUUUCAAAAAGAUCGUAGCAGACUGGACGGCCAUGAAAAACAGGACGAUAUGAGGUGCUUCUUUAACACCAUGCCUAAUGUUAAACAUGGAACAACAAGUUAUAUCAUUAAAGCUGUGGUUAAAAACUUACUAGAUGGAGACAUAAAAGUAUCAAUGGAAGACAUGUGCUGUAUUUCGUGAGGUCAGUGCUUUGGAGCUUCAAUUGAAAUAUUUAAAUUUGUCCGCCGUUUUUGAAAUGAAGGAGAGUUUUUCCUCACCACUUGUGACAUGUUUAAAGGAGGAAAGAAAACAGAGCUUUUAAAGAGGUGAUUAUAGCACUGUUUUGAGAUCCAAAAUCUUGUUAACAAAAUGUGUGACUCCCUUUCUCUGAUUUUGUUGUGGCAAGUACUUUUUACAACAUUUGAAAUGCAACGUUACACUGGUUCAGGCUGCUUUUUAUUUAGCAGCUUAGUUAUUAAUCAGAAUUUUAUUAAAUUUAGUGUGACUUGUAAACUAACCCCUGUGUGUAGGGCAUUCUUCAUUGUCUUCAUCUCAGUGUAGUUAUAUUUUCUGGUCCUUCGAGAUCAUUGAUUUCAACUUGUUUAGAUUUGAAGAUUGAAUACUGCUUAAGCCAGUGCUAGGGGGCCUGGGCAGUGUUGCAUUUUCCAUUAUUGCUUAUGAAUAGACUCAGUCAAACCGAGUCUGCAAUGAGUCUGCAAUUUUCAUUGAUUGCCUUGUUCCCAGUACUUCCGAGGGAUCUACUUUUCAGAUUAUAUUUAUUGCCUUUUUCAGUGAUAUUACCUUGUUAAUUUUUAUGCACAGAGUAUUAACUUCUUGAACACAAUGUGAUCAAAUUAAAAUGACCCAAACCACUGCCAUAUAUUUUGUAACAUAAAUAAAAAAAUUUGCACACAGUGCUUUCUGAAAGAAGUGAGAACUAAAAUGAACUGGUCAGCCAAUGAAAGUCUUUAAGAAUAUUUGACUGACCUUUGAAAGUACAGUACAGUCUAACUGAAAAGACUUGUUUUAACCAGUUUUGAUCACAAUAACAAAAUGUAAACAUCUUGUAUAGUGGACGCAACUUGACCCCGAUGGUUGACCUUUCUAUUAUAAUACAUAAUGAGGCACAACCUAUUAUUGAAAAGUAGUAUACGUAAAACACGAGCUGCAUGAGAAAGUGGAAAUAUAAAUUUGUGCAAUUAUAAAUUAGUGUAUUGGAAAGUUUUAACUGAUCAAUUGUAAGUAUACAUACUUUGAUACUGCUCUGGAUACAAACAUAUUCCAUAUAAAUAUACAUGGCUACCCUCAUCACCCUUUAUUUCUACAAUGAAAUAAUCGAUAUGAAUAAUCAGCCAAAAGUCAACCAUCGCGGUCAAGUUGCGACUACUAUAUACUGCUAUUGUAUGUUUCAUUACAUGAAGAAAUUGACACUUAAGUUCCCAUAUUUGAUUUUAUAAAACACUUCCUUACUAAACAAGGGAAAGCACUUUGUAUAUGGCUUAAUGUCUUUGGUAAUGCUUUUUGUAUGCAUUUUUCCCCUUCUACAUUUUUAGCUCGACUAUUCGAAGAAUAGUCUAGCUAUUCUACUCACCCUGGCGUCGGCGUCGGCGUCGGCGUCGGCGUCGGCGUCGGCGUCACACCUUGGUUAAGUUUUUGCAUGCAAGUACAUACAGCUAUCAUUUAAAGGCAUAUAGCUUUGAAACUUAUUUAUUCUUUUUCUAGGUCAAUUACCAACCUCACUGGGUCAAGUUCCAUAACUCUAACAUGUAUUUUGAGCAAAUUAUGCCCCCUUUUGGACUUAGAAAAUUCUGGUUAAAGUUUUACAUGCAAGUUACUAUCUCCAAAACUAAUGUAGAUAUUGAAUUGAAACUUCACAUGUGUCUUCAGGGUUAUAAAACUAGUUCAUAGCAGCAAGUCCCAUAACUCUGACCUUGUUUUUGGCCAAAUUAUGCCCCCUUUUGGACUUAGAAAAUUUUGGUUAAAGUUUUGCGUGCAAGUACAUACAGCUAUUACCAAAGGCAUAUAGAUUUGAAACUUAUUUUUUCUUUUUCUAGAUCAAUUACCUACAUCACUAGGUCAAGUCCAAUAACUCUGACAUGUAUUUUGGCCAAAUUAUGCCCCCUUUUGGACUUAGAAAAUUCUGGUUAAAGUUUUGCAUGCAAGUACAUACAGCUAUUACUAAAAGGCAUAUGGAUUUGAAACUUAUUUUUUCUUUUUCUAGAUCAAUUACCUACCUCACUGGGUCAAGUCCCAUAACUCUGACAUGUAUUUUGGGCAAAUUAUGCCCCCUUUUGGACUUAGAAAAUUCUGGUUAAAGUUUUACAUGCAAGUUACUAUCUCCAAAACUAAUGUAGAUAUUGAAUUGAAACUUUACAUGUGUCUUCGGGGUUAUAAAACUAGUUCAUAGCAGCAAGUCCCAUAACUCUGACCUUCAUUUUGGCCAAAUUAUGCCCCCUUUUGGACUUAGAAAAUUUUGGUUAAAGUUUUGCGUGCAAGUACAUACAGCUAUUACCAAAAGGCAUAUAGAUUUGAAACUUAUUUUUUCUUUUUCUAGAUCAAUUACCUACAUCACUAGGUCAAGUCCAAUAACUCUGACAUGUAUUUUGGCCAAAUUAUGCCCCCUUUUGGACUUAGAAAAUUCUGGUUAAAGUUUUGCAUGCAAGUACAUACAGCUAUUACUAAAAGGCAUAUGGAUUUAAAACUUAUUUUUCUUUUUCUAGAUCAAUUACCUACCUCACUGGGUCAAGUCCCAUAACUCUGACAUGUAUUUUGGGCAAAUUAUGCCCCCUUUUGGACUUAGAAAAUUCUGGUUAAAGUUUUACAUGCAAGUUACUGUCUCCAAAACUAAUGCAGAUAUUAAAUUGAAAUUUCACAUGUGUCUUCGGGGUUAUAAAACUAGUUGACAGAAUCAGGUCCCAUAACUCUGACAUGUAUUUUGGGCAAAUUAUGCCCCCUUUUGGACUUAGAAAAUUCUGGUUAAAGUUUUACAUUCAAGUUACUAUCUCCAAAACUAAUGCAGAUAUGGAAUUGAAACUUAACAUGUUUCUUCGGGGUUAUAAAACUAGUUGAUAGCAUCAAGUCCCAUAACUCUGAUAUGCAUUUUGGUCAAAUUAUGUCCCCUUUCAAACUUAAAACUCUUUUGAUAUUUAACAUUUUGGGUAAUAAUUUCCUGCUUCUGUGACAAUAUUUUGAAUAGUCGAGCUUGGCUGUCUUACGGACAGCUCUUGUUUGUUAUGUUGUAUGUUUUUUGUGUAAUACAAGAUCAACUGCAGAUUUGGUUUUUGAGUCUGCAAACAAAGUCUAAUGACGGACCGAGCAAACUGUUUAAAAACAAAUCAGCCAUUUAUAAUUUCAGUUAUCAUGUGGAAUGAACAAAUAAGUUCAUGAUUAUUAGUGGUAUUCUUCUGGAAUGCAAAGUGGUCUAACUAAAUAUAAAUCUAUUCAGUCUUCUUCUAUGAAGAGGUGCCAAGAUGAUUAGGGAACUGUUGUUUCAGUUGAUCAGAUAUAUGAGCCGUGCCAUGAGAAAACCAACAUAGUGGGUGUGCGACCAGCAUGGAUCCAGACCAGCCUGCGCAUCCACGCAGUCUGGUCAGGAUCCAUGCUGUUCGCUUUUAAAGCCUAUUGGAAUUGAAGAAACUGUUAGCGAACAGCAUGGAUCCUGACCAGACUGCGCGGAUGCGCAGGCUGGUCUGGAUCCAUGCUGGUCGCAAAGCCACUAUGUUGGUUUUCCCAUGGCACGGCUCAUAUAGUAUAGUGUUUCAUUCUUCCUCCAUCUCUGAUUUCUUUUUUGACAGAUGCAAAUUAGCCAAACAAAGCAAACAUUAUGAAUUACCCUCUUGCAGACUAACUGGAUUGUUGCCAUUGGCUAUAGUCGGUACCUGUUAAUUUUGACAUUAUCAUACACUCCAAGGAUGUGUCAAUAAUUAAAGAAACAUUUGUACAAGUAUGCUUUGAAAUUGCUAUUUGCUCAUUGUAAAAUUUCUUUAUAUUAUACUAAAAAGAAAUAGUAAGCAUUUAAAAAUGCAGUUAAUGUAAUUGUUAAAAUUUUGCAAAGAAAUAUUUUACCGAUUCUUGAUAAAGCUUUAGUUAUGAAAGCUUGCUGUCAAACCCUUAAUGACUGUAACUUAUACUGUGAUCAUGUAGAUGCCUUUUUGUCAAUAAAAAAGGAAUGUAAAA